GUGGGCACGGCGGUGUCAGAGGUGAGCGUUGCGAUUGUGACAUGCGCACUGGACGCUGUUGUUCACUGUUUUGACAUGCCGAGGCCUUGAUCUCGAUUAGAAGUUUGUUUUUCUUAUUUGUCUUUUGUUUUGUUUUGUUUUUUGUUGCCCUUUUUACAUUUUUGAAAAGGUGAAGUCACGAUGGAGGGUAUGGACCUGGACGUGGACCAGGAACUCACGCAAAAAUUUAGUUGCAUGGGCACAACAGACAAAGACAUCCUCAUAUCGGAGUUCCAGAGGCUCCUCGGCUUCCAGCUGAACCCCGCCGGAUGCGCCUUCUUCCUGGACAUGACCAACUGGAAUUUACAAGCAGCUAUCGGAGCCUACUAUGACUUUGAGAGUCCGAAUAUCAAUGCGCCUUGCAUGUCCCUUGUGAAGGAUGUGACAAUUGGUGAGGGUGAAUCAGUUCCACCCGACACACGUUUCACCAAGACCUGGCGGAUACAGAACACAGGUACAGAGUCUUGGCCGCCUGGGGUUUGCCUGAAGUAUGUUGGGGGAGAUGAGUUUGGUCACAUAAACAUGGUCACGGUACGGUCUCUAGCCCCUCAUGAAAUGACGGACGUGAGUGUGCCUAUGCAGAGCCCUGUGUCUCCUGGUAUGUACCAGGGCCAGUGGAGAAUGUGCACAGCAACAGGACUUUACUAUGGAGAUAUUAUUUGGGUGAUCCUGAGCGUGGAGGUCGGUGGCCUUCUUGGUGUCACACAGCAACUUUCGUCCUUCCAGGCGGAAUUCAACACCCAACCCCAUCGCAAUGUAGAGGAAAAUUACAACCCCUUCGCCUCACCAGAGAGAACCAAAUGGCCCAACAGCAACACCAGCCUCCAUCAUGACAGCAGCCAUAAAGUCUCAGAGGAACACUGGCAGGGAAGCCCAAACCAGCUGCAGCAAGAUCAAAAUGGACUUUCACACAACUCUGUAGACCUAGUAGCAAACACCCUACAAAGCAAUCUGUCAAUAGUCACUUAUAACCAGGGUUUACAGGAGCCUUCCCCUUUUGGGCACUCUUAAAUCUUGGAACUUGUUCUAGAGAAACUGCAGUAAUAAGCGCCUCCGGAGCCGACCAGAUCAACAGGAGAUGGGAGAGGCUUCGCAAGUUGCUGCAGGAGAGUCAGGAAUUAUUUAUGCAAAGCAGCUCUGCCCUGCAGGGUCACUCUUGAGUAGCAGAGGUCUCUGAAGUCGGCUCGACCAACAUCCCACAGCCACUGUGUGCUUGUUUGAAUGCUAAGUUGAAAAAUAGCGCUGAGUCCUUUGAGUGAUUUUUUUUUUUUUUUUUUUUAAUCAUAUGAUUUAGUUGGCAAAAUUGCGUGUAUUUGUCAAAUUGUAUGUGUAUUCUUCUGAGUGUGUGUUUGUGUGUAUAAGUUCAAAGACAAACUUUGGAGGAAAAGCCAUUUAUUUUGCCAAUUUAUUCUCCCGUUUCUUCUAAGAUUACCCGAUUCAUCAAGUAAUUGAGUUUCUUGAAAUUUUCCCUUUCACAAAAAAAUAUUAAUAGUGUACCAGUAGUCAACUUUGAAAAAGCACGUUUUAUUUUUAUAAUACACAGAGAAAUCCUCCGGAACGUUAAGCUUAAGUCAGGUAGUACAUUUACACCACUUGCCCCACCACAACCACCCAAAUUUGCCAAUAGUCACGAAAAUAAAAUGCAGUACAAUUAUCCUCCAGUCGAGGGUAUCAUCUUAACAUGUUGUGCAGGGCAGCUUCAAUGAUUUUGUUGUGUUCAAUGAUUUUCAACCCCAUUGUUCAUACCUCGUUUAUUUGGCUGCCUUUGGAAUGCAUUACGAAUUCAAUUCAACGUAAAAUGUUUUCCACUUUUUGUGCUUCCUUGUACUGUCAAGCAGGACUAUCAGAAAUAACCUGGAAAAAGAUUGUAUGGCAUUAUUGAAGCCAAACCUAAUUUGGUUAUCAGAAGUAAUAUGCAAG